GCAUCAUACCGGUUGUCCCACGCCCUCUCGCCCACGCCCAGUACCUUCGCAGGCCUCAAAAAAGUAAAAAGCCUCGCCGUGUCCGCCUGCUGCUCUGAAUCCCGUCCUGGUACUGUCCCCUCCCCCUUCUCCUCCUUCCUUCCCUCUCUCUCUGCUCCCUUCUCUCGACCCUGUUGCGAACAAUUGGUUCAGUACUCGUCUCGUCCGUCCCCCUCGCCAUCGUUCUGUUCUCCUCCCCCUCCUCCGUCGUCGGUCAAUUCUGAGUCAAUUGUUCCCUCCGUUGAUCGGCACCAAUUGGUCCUUUUGUGGAGUGUGAAAAGAGUUGAGAGCGAGGAGUCAAGAGUGACAACGUAUACCUUACCGGGUGUUUUUGCAUAGUCGCCUAUUCUCGAGAACACAAAUCCGAGCUCGAUCGAGUCACGAUGUUCUCCGCCGCCGUUAUCCGGGCCGGCGCCCGCCGAGCCGUCCCCCGCGUCGUUCGCCGCCAGAACGUCGCCGCCGUCCGCAACCCCUUCCAGCGCCUCAAUGCCAUCCGCGCCCUCUCGAGCACGAGCUCCCAGUCCGAACUGGCCAACCGCGACCGUACCCGAGCCAUCAUCAUCCGCACCCUGAGCCAGAUCGGCAGCCGCCGCGAGGGCCAGCAAUACCUCUCAUACUUCACCUCCGUCUCCUCCCAAAAGUUCGCCGUUAUCAAGGUCGGCGGUGCCAUCCUCACCGACUACCUCGACGACCUUUGCGAGAACAUCGCCUUCCUCUACGAGGUCGGCCUGUACCCCGUCAUCGUCCAUGGCGCCGGUCCUCAGCUGAACCGCCUGCUUCAAGAGGCCGGCGUCGAGCCCCAGUUCGAGGAGGGUAUCCGCGUGACUGAUGGCAAGACCCUGACCGUCGCCCGCAAGCUGUUCCUCCAGGAGAACAUGAAGCUCGUCGAGAAGCUUGAGGGCCUUGGCGUCCGCACUCGUCCUCUGACCACCGUCCUGACCGCCGACUACCUUGACAAGGAGAAGUGGAACUUGGUCGGCAAGAUCACCAGUGUUGACAAGGGGCCCGUCGAGCUGGCCAUUUCCCAGGGCUAUGUUCCCAUCCUUACCUCCAUGGCCGAGACCACCGAGGGCCAGAUCCUCAACGUCAACGCCGACGUCGCCGCCGCGGAGCUUGCUCGUGCGCUCGAGCCCCUGAAGAUCGUCUACCUCUCCGAGAAGGGCGGUCUCUUUAACGGCGAGACCGGUGACAAGAUCUCCCACAUCAACCUUGACGAGGAGUACGACCACCUCAUGUCGCAGUCUUGGUGCCGCUACGGCACCCGUCUCAAGAUCAAGGAGAUCAAGGAGCUUCUGGAGACUCUGCCGCGUACCUCGAGUGUCGCCAUCAUUCACCCCAGCGACUUGCAGAAGGAACUCUUCACUGAUUCCGGCGCCGGUACCCUGAUCCGCCGUGGAGACAAGAUCGCCUUCGCCGACAACAUCGCGUCUUUCCCCGACCUCGCUAAGCUGAAGCAGACUCUCAUCCGCGACCGCGAGGGCAUGGACGCCGAGGCCACCGUCGACCGCUAUAUCGAGUUCCUCAAGGGAACCCCCUUCAAGGCCUACUACGACGAGCCCCUGAACUGCGUCGCCAUCGUCCUGCCCCCCAACGAAGAGCGAUCCCACCCGACUCUCGCCACCCUGACCGUCACCAAGGAGGGUUGGUUGAGCAACGUCACGGAGAACGUCUUCCACGCCAUCAAGAAGGACCACCCUAAGCUCGUCUGGACCGUCAGCGAGGAGGACGAGAACCUCACCUGGUUCUUCGACAAGGCCGACGGCAGCUUCUCUAGCAAGGGCAACCAGCUUUUCUGGUAUGGCAUCAACAACCUCCAGGAGCUCGGCGUCUUGACCGACGAGUUCAACGCCCACGGCCGCGCCAUGCUUGGCGACUCCAACCUCGAGGCCCGCCUGCGCCGCGCCGCCCAGACCUCGAACCGCAACCUCAACCAGUCCACCACCCCUGCCCAGGCCCGCGGUUUCUCGACCAUGGCCCGCCGCCCGACGUGGGCCCCCGCCGCCGCCAGCUUGUCCGGCAAGCGUACGUUCGCCACGUACACCACCACCAACCCCAACCCUCCCCUGGGCAAGAAGAACGCCUCCAACGACGUCCCUUCGCGCGUCGCCCUGAUCGGUGCCCGUGGCUACACCGGCCAGGCCCUCAUCGAGAUGCUCAACGCCCACCCCAACAUGGACCUCCGCCACGUCUCAUCUCGUGAGCUUGCCGGCCAGAAGCUCGAGGGCUACACCAAGCGCGAUGUUACCUACGAGAACCUGAGCCCUGAUCAGGUCACCGAGCUCGAGAAGAAUGGCGCCAUCGACUGCUGGGUCAUGGCCCUCCCCAACGGUGUCUGCAAGCCCUACAUCGAGGCCAUCAACGAGGCCCGCAAGGGCAGCGCUGACCACCGCAGCGUCAUCGUCGACCUGUCGGCCGACUACCGCUUCGACAACACCUGGACGUACGGUCUUCCCGAGCUGACGGGCCGUUCCGAGAUCUACAAGGCCGACAAGAUUUCCAACCCCGGCUGCUACGCGACCGCUGCGCAGCUCGGCAUUGCGCCCUUGGUCGAGCACCUCGGCGGCUCUCCCUCCGUCUUCGGCAUCUCCGGCUACUCGGGCGCCGGCACCAAGCCCUCGCCCAAGAACGACGUCAACCUGCUCAAGGACAACCUGAUGCCCUACAGCUUGACGGACCACAUCCACGAGCGCGAGAUCAGCGCCAAGCUCGGCGCCGACGUCGCCUUCUCGCCGCACGUCGCCUCGUGGUUCCGCGGCAUCCAGGCCACCAUCCACAUCCCCCUUAACAAGACCAUCACCUCGCGCGACAUCCGCCAGAUCUACCAGGACCGCUACGCCGGCGAGAAGCUCGUCAAGGUCGUCGGCGAGCCCCCGCUUGUCAAGAACAUCAUGAACAAGCACGGUGUUGAAAUUGGCGGCUUCGCGGUCCACAGCAGCGGCAGGCGCGUUGUUGUUUGCGCCACCAUUGACAACCUGCUCAAGGGUGCGGCGACUCAGUGUCUUCAGAACAUGAACCUCGCCCUCGGCUACGCUGAAUACGAGGGCAUUCCUACCAUGUAGAAAGGGACAGGGGCGACCAAUACUUUCAGGACGAAUUAGAUUCACAAGGGCUCGGCGCGGACACUCAAUCUUAUGGAGUCAAAACCGGUUCAAAAAGCAUUUCCCCCGUUUGUUCACUUUCCUUUCGUCAUCGGUAGUUCUCUGCUUUUUUUUCUUUUUUUGUGAUUUCCCACUACUGUCGCCCAUAUGUUCCUUGUGCAACCACAACGGAUCCUCUUUUUUUUCAUGUUUUUUUUUUUGGUUUGAUGUUCCCAGUCCCUUCGGAUGGCCACUAUGGCGGUUCAUCGGGGACGCGUUUCUCCGCUGGGAAGACGUGGGGUUUGUGUAUGCUUGUAUAUACC